AUUCAUUAUUUUUCAUUGAUUGAUUGAAUGACUGAUGCGUAAUAUUUUAUGCAGUAUUUGUGCUGACUAUGUUGCUCUGCCAAUUACUGUUUGGUGAGGUGUGGAAGAUCGCAGAAUGGAACAUACAGAUUAUGCGAAGGGACAGGAGUGCUCCCAGAAGAGGUCGCCGUUCGACAUGAUAAUCAACCAAAUACGCCGGACGAAGUCAUUCACGGACCGGCGCCCCCGAGCUUCAGUCGGCCGCUUUUUCCGUCCCACGGAAAACUCGGACAAGAAGGAUGGAGGCAUACCUGAGAGCGGAGAACCAGAGGGCCAGCGGGACCAGGAGAAAGCGGGUAGGGGUGGUCCUGCAGUCUCAGAGCCGUGCUCGGUGGUAGGGUGGGGCCGAGUGAAGCAGUUUGUUCAGAAGCUAGGGAAGAAGCUGGACAGUAGCAGCCUGAAUCUUGGCCACUGUGACCUCACAGCCACUGAUAUCUUGGAACUGGCAACCCUGCUGCCAUUCCUGUCUCAGCUAGAAGAGAUUGAUCUCUCCUGGAACGACCUGAUUGGUGGGUCGUUGAAAGCCUUCCCUGCUCAGGUCAGGCAUGUGGCCAGACUCAGGAGGCUGAGAUUGAGCAGCUGCAGGCUGAAAGCAGAGGACCUCACAGCACUGGGAGAGACCCUGAACUACCUCCCCCUCCUGGAGGUGGUGGACCUUUCCUGGAAUGCCGGUGUCGGGGGUAACCUGCAACGCCUCCUCAGCGGCUUCCAGCCAGGGAGCACGUUGAAAGAGCUCCACCUGGUGGAGUGUCAGCUCACUGCAGCAGAUGCCCAUGCAUUAGGGGGGGCAAUGAAUAUACUGCCGAGCCUGGAGUUGCUGGACCUCUCUGCUAACAGACUCUUGGAGGGGGGGAUAGGGGAGCUGGCCCCCCAGCUGAAGGGUAACUCAGGAUUGAAGGUCCUGCGAAUGCACAUGUGUGGGCUGAGACAGGACAGCCUCCUGAUGCUGGGAAAAGCAUUACAGUUCCUCCCAGCCCUGGAGCAGCUGGACCUGUCCUGUAACCAGGGGGUGAGCGGGGGGUUUGCACAGGUGAGCGCUCACCUGACCCAGCUUACGCACCUGCGCAAUCUGGACCUGCACCAGUGCAGUCUGAAGGAGGAGGAUGUGCAGGCACUGGUCCAGGUUGUUCCUUCCCUUGGUGACCUCAAAGUACUGGAUUUAUCAUCCAAUAAGAAGGUAGGGGGCCUGGGCCAGGUGCUUUUCCCCGCCCUCCCCCUGACAAGGUUGAAAACACUGUCCAUGAAUGGCUGCUGUCUGACUGAGGAAUCCUACCGUUCUCUAGCCUCUGCAGUGCAGAGCCAGGGCCAGCUGGAGUCUCUGGGACUGUCCUGGAACAAAUGCGUGGGAGGGAACCUCAGGCAGCUGCUGCAGGCUCUGCAGCCCGGCUCUCACCUGCAGCAGCUGAGACUGGCUAGCUGCGGCCUCACCACCGAGGACCUGCUGCAGCUGGCGUCGGCAUCAAAGCGGGGAGCCCUCGUGCACCUGAGACAGCUGGAGCUGAUGUAUAAUGACGGCGUGGGUGAGCAGGGCUGGACACACCUGUUUAAGGAGGCCGAGGACUUACGGGCACUGACUGAGCUGGACGUGAGCCUGCACCCCUCAGGCCGGUCCUCCGCCCGUCCCCGCGCCUCCCUGUGGCUGCCCGCCCUUCUGGGCGCCCUGCCACGGCUGCCCUCCCUCGCCUGCCUCUCUCUGCAGGGCUGGGCCCUGACCGCCCGUGAGAGGGAAGGCCUCGAAGCCUCCAACAGGGACGGCAAGAGGAGCGUCACCUUCGAUUACGACCCACAGCCCGGGGCUGGGGACAGGGAGGCUGGCAGUAUGGGGCAGCCUGUAGCCUAG